CGUUCUCGGGGAUGUGCCGCAACAAUGGGGACGGCGGCGGGCGGUAAGGCGUACUUCCAGAGAGGCAGUCUGUUCUGGUUCACCGUCAUCACGCUCUCCUUCGGGUAUUACACGUGGGUUGUUUUCUGGCCCCGGAGUAUCCCUUAUCAGAGCCUCGGGCCCGUGGGCCUCUUCACUCAAUACUUGGUGGACCAUCAUCAUACCUUCCUGCGCAAUGGGUAUUGGCUUGCCUGGCUGAUUCACGUGGGAGAGUCCCUGUACGCCAUGGUUUUGUGCAAGUCUAAAGGCAUCACAGAUGGUCGGGCUCAACUACUCUGGUUCCUACAAACUUUCCUCUUUGGGAUAGCAUCUCUCUCCAUCUUGAUAGCUUACAGACCAAAACGCCAAAAACAGACUUAAAGAAGAUACUCAGAAGCUUUCUUUACACUUUUGACGUUCAGCCUCAGUGUUUUGGGGUGAGGAGAGGGAUGCUGAGUUACUCAUCUUUCUACUUUUCCAGAAAUUUAAGACCCUCUAGUUAUUCAUUAUUCUUUCAUAUGCUCUGGUUGAGCUUGACUAAAUGAUAGGAAAGGAUUUAAACUUCGCAGUUCUGUAGACUCACCUGUUUGGCCAAGGGCUUCCAGCUACCUUCUUGAGGUUCCUAGCCAUGUUCGUGCUCCUUAUGUCAUCUGGUUUAAGCUUGUACUAAAACAGCUUCUUGGUAUAACUUUGCUCCCACCUUCUGACCAAGACACCAUACCCUUACUGCCCCAUCUUAGCUCUCCUUUCUCCCAAUUUUUUUCCACCUUUCUGAACCAAAACAGAGUGACAUUUCCACAGCACAUCAAUUCCACACGCACUAGGCACCUGGGAAGCAGGAUCUUAUCCUCUCAAACUUCCAUUUCUCACACACCAAGAAAGAUAAGGAAGAUAAGCAAGUGCAUGGAAUGGGCCAGGCCCAGCAGUAACCUGGAGGCACAGAGGACAUGCUGGGUACCUAGAGGAGAGAAUUGGAGAUGCCUUCCCUGAUCGAGCUAGCCAGAAGCCAUCCUUCCCUCUGCGUGGCCCUGAGGACACAGUACUCUGUGGUGUGCAGGGGUCUGAUAGCCACUGCUAGAUGGCUCCUUCCGGUCAGGAUCACAUCUUAGCUUGAUUUUUUUUUUUUCCGGCACCUGUCCCGUUGCCUUACACACAGGUGUUCUGUCAGUGUUUUCUGAACCACAGACCGAAAACUGUAUUAACUUUCCAUUUGUUCACUAUCAUUCCAGUUGUUCUAUGAAAACUAUAGAACCUACUCAGUGUAUUCUCUUCUCAAAGAAAAGCACAGGACUGCCCUUGACUGGUGGUGCCCCCUUUCUCAAGGUCCCUGGUAGGAAACCUGUGUCUUUUUCACACUUGCCUAUUCUUGGUCAUUUUGUCCAUACUCUGUAGCAUCUCCCUCCAGCUCCAGCUUACUCAAACACAGAUGUUCCUGAGCUAGAAAUUCGAACUGGAAGCUAGUGACUACCUCUCCCAUUCACCUGAGUAGACCUUUUUAACUACUGACUGGGCAGGGCAGGAGGGUCACUGACUCUGUUCCCUGAUCUUGGCAGAAUGACUCUGUCACCUAGGAGCCACUAGGGUUUGUUUCUUGGAGGACCACCUAGGCAUUCCCUAGUUCUCUAGGGACUAGACUGUAUUUUCCUUCUAUGAUGCAGUAGGGCACAUUUUCUAUUUUAAGCAAACAUUUAUGAGAGCCCUUUGCCGCCAAAAAGAGACCCCAAGUAAAAGUACAACCCUGAAACAUUCUGGACUAUGAAUUGCUUUUGGGGGAGAUGACUUUCUACAACUAAAUUUCAGUUUUUCCUGUUUUUCUUGUCAUGAAGGGAUAGCCUUUUGGU